AUGAGUAAUAAUAGAACGAUUGUAAUUACAGGUGCAAGUUCGGGUAUUGGUGAAUCACUGGCAACAAUAUAUGCCAAACAGGGAAAUGUCAAUCUUGUACUAGCCAGUAGAACCACUUCAAAGUUGACAGAGUUGGCAAACCAACUAACUAAAUUAUCAACUACAACUAAAUGUCUUGUCGUUAAAUAUGAUGCUUCAAAUGAAAAGGAUUGUCAAAAACUAAUAGAGAAUGUAAUUAAAGAAUUUUCAAGAAUUGAUAUAUUAUUGUUAUGUGCAGGUGUAUCUUAUCAUAACCAAUUCAAAGAUACAAAGGAUUUGAAUGUCUAUCGACAAAUGAUGGACAUUAAUUAUUUUGGAUACAUGUAUACUACGUUUUAUGCGCUGCCUCAUCUCAUCGAACAAUAUAAUUUUGAAAAGAAAAAGGCACAGAUAGCAGUCGUCUCGUCCAUCUCUGGUGAGUUGGGACUGCCUCUUCGAGCGGGAUACUGUGCAUCCAAGUUUGCAGUCAAUGGGUUCUUUGAAUCGUUGCGUAUGGAGGUGCCACAAGUAGAUAUCACCAUGUUGAAUCCAACGUCGGUCGAGACACCAAUGAGAAAUCAUGGUCUCGGUACUGCAGAAGAGAGACAAGCAAUCCAAUUCAACGAAUCAAAGAGAAUGUCUCUACAAGAUUGUUGUGCAGUAAUGAUUCAUUCGAUUGAAUCAAGAAAGAAAAAGGUUGUCUUUCCAUUUAGCAAUUAUAUGGCUUCACUAUUGAAACCAUUCUUUCCAUCACUCAUUGAAAAGAUUCUAUUAAAAAAGGCUGGUGGUGGUAAUCAUCAUCAAUCUUCAGCAGAGUCUACACAAUCAUCUCCAUCUCCAACCCAACCACCAAAGAUUAAAUCAAAGUUAUAA